AGGCCAAGUUGAUUAUUGUCUAGCAAAUUGGAGUAGUUACCAACAUCAAAUUGUUAACCAUAAUCUUUGCUCUAUUCUCAGUUAUAUAUAUUCCAUACCAUUUGUUUUUCUUUUCUGCAACUACAAAAGUUUUAUUGGUUUGUGUCUCCUAGUGUUAGAACCAACCAUUGUACGGCGCCUCUGAAAUAUUGUCAUAUGGAACGCAUUCCCAACUGAAUCUUAGCUUUUUAUUGUUUGUCUUUUUCGUUUGUUUUCUGCUACAAAUUUCCUGACAUCUCUUUUGCCCCAGAGCAUUGAUGUUCGCUUAGGCUUUUCUUUGUUAAACAGUGGUUCCAGCCUUCCAGAUUGGUUCUGUCAUCUUUGCAUGGGAAUGCAAGGAAAUUUGCUGAUUUGAUUCGAGAGGUGAUUUUUUGUAUUCUUUCACGGCAAGUUGAGUGAAAAUGGCAUCAUCGGCUACUUGGUUUACUUCACUUUCAUGUUCAAGCUCUGUGAUUCAAUCUCCGGAGGACACAUCUAUUCCUAUUAUAAUCCACUGGCUGAGAUUCAUUUUCCUCAACCCAUGUCCUCAGAGAGCUCUCUUCUCUGCAGUUGAUCUCCUGUUCUUACUUACCCUUUUCUUCUUUGUGGUUGUUAACAACCUUUAUUCUAGACUCUUAGGUAAUAACCAUGGCAGCUCUGACAUGAACAAACCUUUCAUAAUAGCCAACAGGGUCCACUCCAGCACGACUACAUGGUUCAAGCUCUCUGUCAUUGUAACGGUUGUGCUGGCGGUUUGUUACACUAUUGUCUGCGUUCUUGCAUAUAAUAGCAGUAACCAAGAGCCUUGGAAGCAAAUUAACGGAUCAUUUUGGUUAAUUCAAGCCAUAACUCAUGCUGUGAUUGCUGUCUUAAUCAUCUGUGAGAAGAGAUUUCAUGUUGUUAACCAUCCUGUCUUUCUCCGAAUUUAUUGGACUGCGAAUUUUAUCAUCGUUUCGUUGUUUACAGUAACUGGGAUCGUUCGUGUGGUUCAAACAAAUCAGGAUUGGUAUUUGAGGUUGGAUGAUAUAGUUUCCUUUGCUUCUUUCCCAUUAUCAGUUCUUCUUCUUGUUGUUGCUAUUAGUGGUUCAACUGGUAUAUCAGUGACCGGAGAAUCCGAACCGGCAAUGGAUGAAGAGACAAAGUUCAAUGAGCCGCUUUUGAGCAAAUCCAAUGUCACUGGCUUUGCUUCAGCUCCAGUAGUAUCAAAGGCAUUUUGGCUCUGGUUGAAUCCUCUGUUGAAAAAAGGCUAUAAGUCCCCUCUCAAAAUGGAUGAAGUUCCAACUCUUUCGCCUGAGCAUAGGGCUGAAACGAUGUCGAAGCUCUUCGAAGCAAGUUGGCCUAAUCCGCAGGAGAAAUCAGAGUACCCUGUUCGAACCGCAUUGUUGCGGUGCUUUUGGAAGGAACUUGCCUUCACUGCAUUCCUCGCAAUUGUGCGGCUCUCGGUUACGUACGUUGGUCCCAUUUUGAUCCAAAGCUUUGUUGACUACACUGCAGGGAAAAGAAGCUCGCCGUAUGAAGGAUAUUACCUUAUAUUGGUUCUCCUUGCUGCUAAGUUUCUCGAAGUGUUGACCGGUCACCAAUAUAACUUCAACUCUCAGAAGCUUGGGAUGCUCAUUCGCUGCACUCUUAUUACUUCUUUAUACAAGAAAGGGCUAAGGCUAACUUGUUCCGCGCGUCAAGCUCAUGGGGUGGGACAGAUUGUGAAUUACAUGGUUGUUGAUGCUCAACAGCUCUCUGAUAUGAUGUUGCAGCUCCAUUCUAUUUGGUUGACUCCUUUGCAAGUUAUUGUUGCUUUGGUGCUCUUGUAUGGGUACCUCGGUGCUUCGGUGGUGACUUCGAUGCUUGGACUGCUCGGUAUUUUUAUCUUUGUGGUAAUAGGGACAAGACGGAACAAUCGUUUUCAAUUCAAUGUGAUGAAGAAUCGAGACUCGAGAAUGAAGGCGAUGAACGAGAUGCUUAACUACAUGCGGGUUAUCAAGCUUCAGGCAUGGGAAGAGCACUUCAAUGAAAGAAUCCUAUCUUUCCGUGAGACUGAGUUCGGGUGGCUAAGCAAAUUCUUGUUUUCGAUAUCUGGAAAUAUCAUAGUAAUGUGGUCGACGCCAUUACUGAUAGCAACUCUUACAUUUGGGACUGCACUUAUAUUAGGUGUGAGACUUGAUGCUGGGGUAGUUUUCACAGCAAUAACUAUCUUUAGGGUCUUGCAAGAGCCCAUCAGGACAUUCCCACAGUCUAUGAUCUCACUUUCACAAGCAAUGAUUUCACUGGGGAGAUUGGAUAGUUAUAUGUUGAGCAAGGAGUUGGAUGAUUCAUCAGUGGAGAGACAGGAGAGUCGCCAUGGUCCGAUUGCUGUGGAAGUUAAAGAUGCGGCGUUUAGCUGGGAUGAUGAAACUGGAGAGAUGGUUCUCAAAAAUAUAAAUUUAGAGGUCAAGAAAGGGGAGCUUACCGCCAUAGUAGGGACUGUGGGAUCUGGCAAGUCCUCUCUCUUGGAUUCUAUUCUUGGUGAGAUGCACAAAAUAUCAGGAAAGGUUAAGCUUUGUGGGACAACUGCAUAUGUAGCUCAAACGUCUUGGAUCCAGAACGGGACAAUCGAAGAGAACAUCCUAUUCGGUCUGCCGAUGAACAGGGAGAAAUACAGGGAAGUUAUAAGGGUCUGUUGCUUGGAGAAAGACCUGGACAUGAUGGAGUUUGGUGACCAGACUGAAAUUGGAGAGCGCGGAAUUAACCUUAGUGGCGGGCAAAAGCAACGAAUACAGCUUGCCAGAGCGGUUUACCAGGAUCGUGACAUCUACCUUCUCGAUGACAUCUUUAGUGCUGUUGAUGCUCAUACUGGGACAGACAUAUUUAAGGAAUGUCUGAGAGGAGCUCUCAAAGAGAAGACUAUUUUGCUUGUAACUCAUCAAGUGGACUUCUUGCACAAUGUUGAUUUUAUUUUGGUGAUGCGAGAUGGGAUGAUAGUACAGUCAGGGAAGUAUAAUGAUUUACUAGAUUCCGGCACAGAUUUUGGAGCUCUUGUAGCUGCACAUGAAACAGCUAUGGAACUUGUUCAAGCAGGCAACACCAUGCCUGCUGAAGGUUCCUCCAAAACAUCCAAAUCUAAUCAGGUUGUUUCCAACAUUGGGGAAGCAGAUGGUGAAAAUAAGUCUCAAGACCACCCGAAAUCAGAUAAGGGGGAUUCUAAGCUAAUCAAAGAAGAAGAGAGGGAAACUGGUCAAGUCAGCUUGCAGGUGUAUAAAAUGUACUGCACUGAAGCUUUUGGCUGGUGGGGUGUGGCUGCAGUGUUGCUAUUAUCUCUGUCAUGGCAAGCGUCUUUAAUGGCUGGCGAUUAUUGGUUGUCAUAUGAAACUUCACCUGAACAUGCUGUUUCAUUCAACCCUUCACUAUUUAUUUCGGUUUACGCUAUCAUGGCAGUGGUGUCUAUUGUGUUGUUAGUGAUCCGAUCCUUUUUCGUCACACUUAUGGGGCUAAAGACAUCACAAAUAUUUUUCAGACAAAUUCUUCAAAGCAUCUUGCAUGCCCCUAUUUCCUUUUACGAUACCACACCGUCGGGAAGAAUUUUAAGUCGGGUAUCCAGUGAUCAGACUAAUAUCGAUAUCUUUGUGCCAUUUGUUAUGGGGAUUACUAUAUCUAUGUACAUUGCACUGCUAAGUAUCUUCAUAAUCACUUGUCAAUAUGCUUGGCCCUCAGUAUUCUUGAUAAUUCCACUUGGUUGGCUGAACUACUGGUACAGGGGAUACUACCUAGCAUCAUCUCGUGAACUAACUCGCCUCGAUUCAAUCACUAAAGCUCCUGUCAUCCAUCACUUCUCGGAAAGCAUCACUGGAGUCAUGACGAUUCGUGCUUUCAGGAAGGAGGAUAGUUUUUGUCAGGAAAAUGUUGACAGAGUUAAUUCCAAUUUACGCAUGGAUUUCCACAACAAUGGAUCCAAUGAGUGGUUAGGCUUCCGUUUGGAACUUAUCGGGACCGUAGUCCUCUGCCUUUCUACCAUGUGUAUGAUUUUGUUACCUAGUAGCAUUGUUAGGCCAGAAAAUGUUGGGUUAUCUCUGUCAUACGGGUUGUCCCUCAAUGGAGUGUUGUUUUGGGCCAUAUUUUUAAGUUGUUUCGUGGAAAAUAGGAUGGUUUCAGUUGAAAGAAUAAAGCAAUUCUCAAGUAUUCAGCCAGAAGCAGCAUGGCAUAUUGAGGACCGUCUUCCCCCUCCGAAUUGGCCUACCCAUGGCAAUGUUGAGCUCAAAGACUUGCAGGUUAGAUACCGGCCGAACACUCCUCUUGUACUUAAAGGCAUUACUCUGAGCAUUAAAGGAGGCGAAAAGAUCGGUGUUGUUGGUCGGACGGGGAGUGGGAAGUCAACAUUAAUCCAAGUUCUGUUUAGGCUGGUUGAACCAACAGCAGGGAAGAUAAUCAUUGAUUGUAGAGAUAUCUGCAUUUUAGGGCUGCAUGAUAUAAGGUCACGCUUUGGGAUCAUCCCACAAGAACCUGUCCUAUUUGAAGGAACUGUGAGAAGCAACAUAGACCCUGUAGGCCAGUUUUCAGAUGAAGAGAUUUGGAAGAGCCUCGAGCGGUGCCAACUUAAAGACGUGGUGGCAUCAAAACCCGAUAAACUCGAUUCCUUAGUGGUGGACAAUGGGGACAACUGGAGUGUGGGGCAAAGGCAGCUUUUGUGCUUAGGGAGGGUUAUACUAAAGCACAGCAAGCUUUUGUUCAUGGACGAGGCAACCGCAUCGGUUGACUCGCAAACGGAUGCUGUAAUCCAAAAGAUCGUAAGGGAAGAGUUUUCAGCCUGCACCAUUAUCAGCAUUGCUCAUAGAAUACCCACAGUCAUGGACUGUGACAGGGUUCUGGUGAUGGAUGCAGGAAGGGCAAAAGAAUUUGAGCCACCAUCACGCUUGCUUGAGAGGCCAACAUUGUUCGCAGCAUUGGUUCAAGAAUACGCUGAUCGCUCUGCUGGACUAUAGCCGCCGAACCAAGGCCCUGGCUGGCUGGACAUAAUUUUCUAAUUUGCUGCCUAGCAUAUAUUUAUCUAUAGUUUGCAAAAAAUGUGCUAUUUCCUAUCUUAGAAAAUAAAGUGGUUAUAUAAAGUGUGUAGUAUUGGCAUUGAUUUCUAUAUAUUGGAUAUUGAUUUUAAGUAAAUUUAUCUCAAAUUUAGUUUAAUUAA